UAGUCACCUGUUUGUGUCAUCUUUUGUAUUUAAAAGUACGCAUGAAGUGUGAACAUGGCAUAAACGAGGCCAAACUGUGCAUGCGCUUCAUGCACGUUGAGUUGUGGGCGUCGGGAACGAGCGAGGACGGAGCGGGAGCGCGCGGAGCACGGAGCGGGAGUGCGACAAACGCUAUACGCAAGGGGAACGCGGAAACACACACACACACACACACACACACUAGCUGUCGGUGUUUGGGUCGGCGGGGUGGAACCAGAGAACCAGCGGCGAGGGGAGCGACACACUGGACUCUGACGGCUACACGGCCAUCGUCGUCGAGCGCGCUGGUUGUUAUUGGUUGUUCGGUGUGAAGUUUUAUUCUCGUUUGGUUCCGCAACAGAUCAACAAUCAGGAUCAGUUCUUAUUACAACACUGCUUCGGAUCAGCGUCACACCAACACAGCUCACCAUGUCGGGCAGCAGGGAGGAGGAGAGGCGGAAACUGGCCGACAUCAUCAACCACUGGAACGCCAACCGGCUCGACCUGUUCGAGAUCAGCCAGCCGACCGAGGACUUGGAGUUCCACGGUGUGAUGCGCUUCUACUUCCAGGACCGCAUGGCAGGGAACUUUGCGACCAAGUGCAUCCGUGUGUCGAGCACGGCCACCACACAGGACGUCAUCGAGACGCUGGCUGAGAAGUUCCGACCUGACAUGAGGAUGCUUUCCUCGCCUAGAUACUCCCUGUAUGAGGUCCACGUCAGUGGGGAAGAACGCAAGCUGGACCUGGAUGAGAAGCCUCUGGUGGUGCAGCUCAACUGGAACAAAGAUGACCGGGAGGGACGCUUCGUGCUCAAGAACGAAAACGACAUUCUGCCCAAGAAGAUUCAGAGCAACGGUCCUGAGAAAGAGAAGGACGGAGUUAUUCAGAACUUCAAGCGCACCCUGUCCAAGAAGGAGAAGAAGAAGGAGAAGAAGAGGGACAAAGAGUUUGCACGUAUCCCUGAUGGAGACGAGGAGGCAUUCUCAAGAGAGGACGGGGACAGCCGGCUCGCGGCCGAAGUGUACAAGGACAUGCCAGAGACCAGCUUCACACGGACCAUCUCCAACCCGGAGGUUGUGAUGAAGAGGAGGCGGCAGCAGAAGCUGGAGAAAAGGAUGCAGGAGUUCAGGGGCAGUGACGGAAGGCCGGACUCUGGGGGUACUUUGAGAAUCUACGCUGACAGCCUGAAGCCCAACAUACCCUACAAGACCAUCCUACUGUCCACCACCGACAUGGCCGACUUUGCCGUUGUUGAGGCCCUGGAAAAGUAUGGCUUAGAGAAGGAGAACCCGCGGGAGUACUGCCUUGCCAGGCAAGAUGAUAAGUUAGGCAAGGACACGAUACUGGAUGAGACGGAAUAUCCACUUCAGAUAUUCAGAGACUGGCCCGCAGAUAGAGGAGCGUUGGUGUUUCAGCUGAAGAAGAGGCCACCUGACUACCAGGGAAGGAAGGGGAGGAAGGUGGAGGACAAGAUUCAGCGGGGCAGAGACGGCUCUCUGCAUGGCUCCCUUCCCCCAGAGAAACUCCCUUACCUGGUGGAACUGAGCCCAGGGAGAGGGAAUCACUAUGCCUACUACGCAUAUCGGCACCACGAAGAUGGCUCAGACUCCCGGGACAAACCAAAGCUCUACCGCCUGCAGCAAAGCAUCACAGAGGUGGGCUCGGACUGCACCGAUGAUGGAGCCAUCCAGUUGUUUGGUCCGGGCCUCCUCCCUCAUCACUGCAACCUGAUGCACAGCGAGGGGCUGGUGACGGUCACCCCCCACGGGCCUGACGCAGACACCUUGGUGGACGGGCAGCGUGUCAACGAGACCACCGUGCUGCACUCCGGAUCCACCCUCCAGUUUGGUGCCGCCCACGUCUUCAAGUUUGUAGACCCCGCGUACGAUCAGGGCAGCAAACGAGACCCAGCCGGAAUGAUCAGAGGCCGACACAAGUCUGGGAGUGUACCAGAAACUACGUUCGAUCUCCACGGCGAUGUCCACAGUGGUGCUGCUUUGUCUACCAGCAAGAGCUCCGGUAGGCUGGAGAUGGAGAGGACAAACUGCAGCGAGCGGGGCAUGGUGAAGCCCACGAUAAGGGAACAGCAGGACAGCAGAUCCCAGGACAGCCUAACCCCGGAGGUAAUGCUGCCAGCCAGCAUUGAGUUCAGGGACAACUCUGAAGAUGCUUUCCUGUCUGCCAUCAUCAACUACACCAACAGCUCCACGGUACACUUCAAGCUCUCCCCCACAUACGUCCUGUACAUGGCCUGCCGCUACGUCCUGGCCCCUCACUACCGGCCCGACUUGUCCCCUUCAGAGAGGUCCCAUAAGGUCAUAGCCAUCGUUAACAAGAUGGUGAGCAUGAUGGAAGGUGUCAUUCAGAAGCAGAAGAACAUCGCGGGGGCCCUGGCGUUCUGGAUGGCCAAUGCCUCGGAGCUCCUGAAUUUCGCCAAGCAGGACAAGGAUCUGAGCCGGAUCACGCUGGACGGCCAGGACAUCCUGGCCCACUUGGUGCAAAUGGCCUUCAAGUAUUUGGUGCAUUGCCUCCAGGCUGACCUGAACAACUACAUGCCAGCCUUUCUAGAUGACCCAGAGGAACACAACCCACAGAGACCCAAGAUAGAGGACGUGCUGCACACACUGACGGGGGCCAUGUCGCUUCUGCGGCGUUGCCGUGUCAACGCAGCCCUCACCAUCCAGCUGUUCUCCCAGCUCUUCCACUUCAUCAACAUGUGGCUGUUCAACAAGCUGGUGACGGAGGCGGACUCCGGGCUGUGCUCCCACUACUGGGGAGCCAUUCUGCGGCAGCAGCUCAGCCACAUCGAGGCCUGGGCCGAGAAGCAGGGCCUGGAGCUGGCUGCCGACUGCCACCUGAGCCGCAUAGUGCAGGCGACCACCCUGCUGACCAUGGACAAGUAUUCCAUGCAGGACGUUCAGAACAUCCACAACACCUGCUUCAAACUGAACUCCCUGCAGCUCAACGCCCUCAUGACCAACUACCACUGUGCCCCUGAUGAGCCUUAUAUACCACCUGAGCUUAUUGACCAUGUGGUGGCGGUGGCGGAGAACACGGCCGACGAGUUGGCGCGUAGCGACGGCCGAGAGGUCCAGCUGGAGGAGGACCCCGACCUGCAGCUGCCCUUCCUGCUGCCAGAGGACGGCUACUCCUGUGACGUGGUGCGCAACGUGCCCAACGGCUUCCAGGAGUUCUUGGAGCCCUUGGUGCAGAGAGGGUUCUGUCGGCUGACCGCCCAUCCUCGCUCCCCGGGCACCUGGACCAUUCACUUCGAAGGAGCCGACUCAGACAGUCACUUUGUGGCGCCAGACACCUCCGACAUGUCGAUGAAGAAGGAGCCAGAGGUCGUCACGGUGACCCUGAAGAAGCACAACGGCAUGGGCCUGAGCAUCGUCGCAGCCAAGGUACAGGCCAAGAGAAAACUGGGGAUCUACAUCAAGUCUGUUGUCAAGGGAGGCGCUGCUGACAUGGAUGGCCGGCUGGCAGCAGGGGACCAGCUGCUGAGUGUAGAUGGGCGGAGUCUGGUGGGCCUAUCCCAGGAGAGAGCUGCCGAGCUGAUGACACGAACGGGCUCUGUGGUGACCCUGGAGGUGGCCAAGCAGGGCGCCAUCUACCACGGCCUGGCUACUCUGCUCAACCAGCCCAGCCCCAUGCUGCCCAGAGCGUCUGACCGCGGACGCGAUAAGAAUGGCAAGAUGCGCCCCAGAGCGAGGGCUUUGAGCUGUACAACACGGGCCGCUCAGAACGGCUCGCCAGAGAGCCCGCAGGCCGGCUGGGAGGCGUCAGAACCCAAGAAGAUGAGCGGGGAGGAGCGGCUGCUCAAGAACCGCGCCGACCACCGCUCCAGCCCCAAUGUGGCUAAUCAAGGUCAGAGUCCGAGAAGCAAGGGCGACUACCCUGGUGGGCCAGGGACAAGAAUCACGUCCGUCUCCACCGGCAACCUAUGCGCCGCUGACGAGGAGCACUCUACCCCUGAUCCGGAAGAGUACCCCAUCCCAACGCAGACGUACCCCAGGGAGUACUUCACCAUCCCAGCCUCCAAGAGCCAGGACCGGGUGGUGGUGGUCCCUGGGCAUGGCCAGAACCAGCCCCCCCCCACCCAGCACUGGCAGCCCAUGGACGACAGGGAGCGCUUGCCAGGAGUUCUUUCCGAAGGACUUCAGAACAGCAUGCAGCGUGUGGAUAAGAUGGGCCAGUCCCAGGAGGAGCUGUACCCUGCUCCGGGGGGCUUGAGGCAGGAGGACCUGCUGCACCUCCAGCAGCAGCAGCAGCAGCUUCACCAGCGGGAGGAGCAGCACUACCGGGAGAAUGAGUACCAGCGUGAGGCGGACUACGCCCACCGUGACAUGGACUAUCAGAGAGGACUCCCAGGCGCCGUGGACCACUGGGGUAACCACCAACAGGUCUCCUCCUCGGUGGAGUCCUCCACCUCCAGCCAGGAGCACCUCAACUUCUCCAACGCCUCCUCCUCCUCCAACAGCAAGACCCACCCUAACCACAAGAGUGGCCCUGGGCGCUGGAAGACGCCCAACGCACCACAACACCCCCCGUCACGCUCUGACCUCCCCCCUCCACCCCCGCCGCCUCCCCCCACCCACCUCCCCCACGACCCCUAUGAGCCCCCGAUGGACCUGCCCCUGCCCCCGCCCCCUGUGCUCAACGCCGCCGCGGCGCAGCAGGCGGCCGACCGCAAGAAACGGGAGGAGCAGCAGCGCUGGUAUGAGAAGGAGAAGGCUCGCCUGGAGGAGGAGAGGGAGAGGAAGCGAAGGGAGCAGGAGAAGAAGCUGGGGCAGAUUCGUUCAAACCCUGUCAUGGCCGCCCCCCCUCCGCACCACCAGCCGUCCCUAGCCCAACCGUACCCCCCUCCCCAGCAUCAGCCACCGGUCCCAUCCCGGCCCGAGAAGCUGGCCAGUGUCCCUGGCCCUGUGGGGCCCGCCCCAGGGCAGGCCGCUGGACCUCACCCUGGACCUCAGCCUGGACCUCAGCCUGGACCUCACCCUGGAUCUCAGCCUGGACCUCACCCUGGACCUAACCCUGCCAUGGACACGGUGAUCAGGGAGCUGUUACCACAGCAGCAGCCACGCACCAUCGAGCGGCGGGACCUGCAGUACAUCACCAUCAGCAAGGAGGAGCUGUCCUCCAGUGACAGCUUGUCCCCGGACCCUUGGAAGAGGGAUGCCCGCGAAAAGGCUGAGAAGCAGCAGCAACUGCACAUCGUGGACCUGCUGGACAAGGAGAUCCAGGAGCUACAGGCCAAGCCGGAGCGCACCGCAGAGGAGAGCGACCGCCUCCGCAAGCUCAUGCUGGAGUGGCAGUUCCAGAAAAGGCUGCAGGAGUCCAAGCAAAGCGACGAAGAUGAGGAGGAAGAGGACGACGAGGACGUGGACACGGCCAUGAUCAUGCAGAGGCUGGAGGCUGAGAAGAGGGCCCGGCAGCAGACAGCUGUCCCUGCUAUCUCUGUUCUAGACUUGCUGCAGGACGAGGAGCGUCGGCGCAAGCAGCAGCUGGAGGAGAUCCGCAAGCGGGAGGUGGAGGAGCGGGCCAAGCAGGAGGAGGAGAGGAGCUGGAGGGAGGUGGAGGAGCGGGCCAAGCAGGAGGAGGAGAGGAGCUGGAGGGAGGAGGAGAGGGCCCGGCGCGAGGCAGAUCAGAAGAGGAGACAGGAGGAGGAGUACUACAAUCGUCUGGAGGCGGGGCGCCGCCGGCAGCACGACGAGGCAGAGAGGAAGCUGCUGACGCCCGAGGAGCCUGGUGGUCUGUACCGGCCGCCCCUCCCCCGGGACUACCAGCCCCCCGAGCCCCCCACUAACACGCCCCCGCCCCCCCCACAGAGAAACACCUCCUACCUCAAAACCCAGGUGGUCUCCCCCGACGCGCUCUACACCGCCACAUUCGUGUCCUACGCAGGUGACGAGGAAGACGAUGAGGAAGGAGAGGAGGCCUCCAGGGCCAGCGCCCUAUCAGGUCAGCCCAAGCUGUCGGCGACCCGGAAGUCGUACGGAGACCUCCCGGUCUCGGGGCACGGGAAGCCUCGGCCGCCGCCAACUGCCCGCAAGCCCCGCCCAUUGUCUGACGGCAUCUUCCUGUCGAGCUCGUUUCAGCUGCCAGUCAACAACUCCAACAGUACAGGCCACGCCCCUCCCCCUCCCACCAAACCAAGCUUCCUGAAAGGAUUUGAUUCGUACACUGGAAACCCUGCAGGACUUGUAGGAACGGGAGAGGUCUUCAAGGACAAGUGGACCAAAGGCCAGGAGCAGGAGAACGCGGCUCCAGGAGCUCCAGAGAGCAUGACCUUCAAGGAGCGACAGCGGCUGUUCUCCCAGGGCAAGGAGGUGUCCAACAAGGUCAAGGCAUCGCGCAAGCUCAUGGAGCUGGAGAAUGAGCUCAACACUAAAUAGACUACAGCCAUCACAACCCUCAUUAUCCCAGUGGCUUGUAUGAAACACUCAUCCCUCCCCCCCUCCCCAAAAAUCACUCGCAUACAGUUGUAAGCCAUUCACCUAUACAAUUACUUAAUUUUUCCUCAUGCUUUCAUUAUCCGACAAAAAGAAAGAACCUAUUAUUAAUUCGGAGGACAAUAUUACUUUGGCGCUCGGAUGUUGAGAAUUGUAGUUAGUUAUGGUGGGCUGGGGCACUUUCCUCCCUUUUUAAUAAUUGAGUAACUGGUUGAUGCUCCUCCUAUCACAUAGCUGUGUGGUAGCAAUAGCAGAGACUUUUAUGGCCUAAUUUGUUUCCCCUCUUUAAGAUCUAAUGUAAAUGUAUAAUGGUAAAGCACUGUAAAAACUUUUUGUUUAAUCCGGUGAGAUAUACAAUUCAGCGAAUGACAUCCCAAUGGGGGGAAUAUACUUUGGUUACAGGAUUGUUGCUGGGUUGGGGAAGAAAAUUAUUUUUGCUCAUUUUAAAAAAAAAUGUAAUAGGAUACUGAAAUCAUUUUAUGUUUUAUGCUCUUUUCUGCAUUACUUUAUAUUUUAAAAGUUAAUUGUAUUAAAAUUUGUGGAUUCAACUCCUACAUUUGAAUUGUUUGAAUACUCAAUGAGCAGAGGUCCAUCAGAAGCUGUUUCGUUCCAUGGCCAGCAUGUGGAAAAUUUAUUCAGGGUUUGUUUUAGAUUCAACUCGUAAAUACCUUAAUUAGAAUCACUGGGUCAUGGCAGAAUUUCUUGUAAACAAGAUUACUGUAGAUAUCUGUGUCACCUGUGUCACUCCGUAUCACUGUUAUGAAGCAUAACCUUCAGUGAUUUGACACUUGGUGGGUAAGGGAGACGAGGUCUGGAAGAAUCCAGCACACAUUCCUCUGGCCAACACACGUGAACACUAACAAGUAGACAAUGGAAGGAAUUAAAGUACAUGUGACAUGGUCAGGAUGUCAUUCUAACUCCCUGAUUUACCUUUAGUUUACAUUAUAUUCCUUGUUUGAAUUAAAUAGUCUUUUUUUUAACAGUUGUGUGCAAUUAUUUGGAUUAAUUGUGUACUUACAUGCAUUGUCACCAAGCAAAACAUUUUAAAACCAGUAAAGAAACAAAACACUAGUGCUCCGUUGAACCACAGAUAUUUAUUUUAAAUAUUUUAUAUAUCUAUUAAAAUAAAUUAAUUUACAUGUUUUGGGCCCCUUCAAAUAUCAUUCAGAAUUUUAAUCAGUCGUGAUAUUUUGAUCCCAAAAAAUAAUUACUGCCAAUGUAUAAAAAGCAAUACAUAAAAGACAUGGUCACAAAAAUUGUCAUUCAUUUGAACCAAUUUCCGAACUCAAAUGUUUGGAGCUAGUAUCUGUAUCCAAUGCUCCUUGCUAUGUUGGAGCAGAUGCAUUCUUCCAGCUUUGAGAUGAUGCUAUAAAUGUGUACAAAAGCCUCCAGGGACAGAUGGGCCUCCGUCCCUGGAAACUGACAGUACCUUUCUAGGUUUCCCAUGAAACCAAAUUAUUUAAGCGGUGUUAUGUUUUGCCUUUUGUAAAUCAAUAAAUACACAUUUUCAACA